AUGGAGUAUAGUUCUAGAAAGUCUGUCGUCGCAGCAAUCAAAAGUUACACUAUCUCUAGAGGAGUCGACUACAAUGUUUAUGAGCCUGAACCAUUGACGUUCUAUGUAAAAUGUAAGACGUAUGGGAAUGGGUGCAACUGGCUUAUCCGAACCAGCUUGAUACGGAAAAAAGGUUGUUGGGAGAUAUGGAGAUACAACGGUAGGCACACAUGCACCAUAGGAACAAUUUCACAGGAUCAUUCCAAGUUAGAUUCGGAGACAGUUGCUGAGGCUAUAAGGCCAUUGGUUGAGAGUGACUCGUCCAUCAAGGUCAAAUUUAAAAUUGCGGAAGUCCAGUCAAGGUUCAACUACACCAUCAGUUACCAAAAGGCUUGGUUGACAAAGCAGAAGUCUAUAGCCAAAGUUUUCGGUGGUUGGAAGGAUUCUUACCAAGCUUUGCCAUGGUGGCACUCGAUCGUGACUCAGAAGAUGCCUGAUCAAUUAAAAUACAAAGGUACACCUCUAGUUGCUGUUGCACAAGAUGGGAACCAGAACAUUGUGCCUAUCGCCUUUGUCCUGCUAGAGGGCGAAACAACUGAUGCGUGGCACUUCUUUCUAAGGAAUCUACGAAGGCAUGUUGUUAAAAAAGACGGUGUGGGUAUGAUCUCAGACCGGCAUGAGUCAAUCCGAGCAGUAGUAAAUCGUUUCGGUAGUAAUUGGCAACCUCCGAGAGCAUGUUGGAUGUUUUGUAUAAGGCACAUCGAUAGCAACUUCUUAAGGACAUUCAAAAUACCGCACUUGCAAAAACUUGUUGUCAACAUAGGGUAUUCAAGGACAGUGGAGGAGUACAACAUCAACUAUAAGAGGUUGGAAGAGCGAGGCGAGGCAUAUGCCCGGUGGUGCGAUGCCAUUGGACUUAGACACUGGGUAUUGGCAUUUGAUGAGGGUCAUCGAUGGGGCCAUAUGACGACGAACCUUGUGGAGUGCAUUAAUUCAGUUUUGAAGGGUGCCUGA